GAGCUUUGCAACAACCAUAGCCAGCCACAAAGCGCGCAUGACAACCUUUUGCAUUCGGAAGAAGUGUUGCAGCUGAUGAAGUUGUCAAACUGUUGGUUUACUGCCCUUCAGCUGUCUGUCAACCUUCAUUCGUUCAACCAAAAGGAUCGCCAACACCCGCGACACGCCCACCUCUCCUCCUCGCGGUAGAGAUGAAGCCGAGAAGAAAGCGGUGGUCGAGCGGACUUCCACACACUCACAAAUCAAUUCUCACUCUUCUUACUCUUGCAGUAGCAGCCUUGCCAGAGGUUUUCUCGCAGUCCUCUACCGCCUACUACAGUAGAGAUGGCUAUUCAGGUUUCACUUCAGCCAAUGAAAGACUGACAGGAGCUAACGAAACGCUUUCGUUCAGGUUUCGCUACUGCAGCGGGGACGGAGUGCUGCUGCAUGCUUCCGACAGCUCCAGCCAGCGGUACCUGACGCUGGGAAUGAGCGGCGUGCGACUACUGCUGAGCCUCAGCAACGGCGCAACAUCUCAAGAGAUUGAGAUUACUGUGGAGCUGGGCGUUAGUGAAUGGCAUGAGGUUACUCUGAGAAAUAUUGGAGCCGGCAGCGAUGCACUCCAAGUCUCGGUCAAUGGAACGGUGUCAGAGCACUCAGCAAUCAGUGGAACCGAUACUUUGCUAGACCUCGGUCUGUUGGAUGGACCGCUGUACAUCGGAGGACACCCCAAUAUACUAGAAAUACAGCCACCCAGACUGAGGGCCUGGCUCGACGUAUGUCUGGAGAACUUUGCCACGUCAAACGGAACUCUAGACUUAUUCGACGGUGACAUGAGUGAGAAUGUACGGCUGGGAUGUCCUUCCCGCCACUGCCAGCCUCAGUCCAGCUUCACGCUCAGCCAGAAUGAUGCAUACCUUCAGUUCUACAUGUCUACAAUUACCACCGACUUCAUGAAAAUCUCGCUCCAGCUAAGAACCAGUGUUCCCGAUGCAAUGCUCCUGUUUACGGCUGAGGUUAACGGUUCUUUGGGGGUCGGGUACGAUUUCCUGUACCUGGGAAUCGAGGGGGGUCGCGUGGUGGUGAAAUUCAACAACUUUGGGGGUCUGAAUUUCACCACGGUGUCGGGGAGCAGCAGCGUGAGUGUCAACGACACAGAGAUUCAUGCAGUCCAGGUUCUGUUCCGGUCUCAGACCGUGGACCUUCUCGUCGAUAACCAUGACAGAGUCCUAGUGCCUGUGACCAGUGGUGUUUCCACUAUCAUACAAACACCAGAGGUGUUACUGGGCGGAGUUUUGCCAUCGUUUGCAGCUCCGCCCUCUUUGGAUUUCACUACGUUUCGCGGCUGUCUCUAUGACUUCACCUACUCCACUUCAGAAAGCAUCCCCUAUCUCAUCGUCACUCCUGACCAGUCCACAGACAGUCGGUCAAUCAUAAUGGAUGCCUGUCUUGAAGACAGGACCUGUCCAGAGACUUGCAAUGCCACAAUUGAGACGUGCUUCUUUGCCUGCAACUGUAGAGAAGGCUUUGAGUACAGUGAGAGUGAACCCAGUGUCUGCAUGGAGAUUGAUGAAUGCAUCCACAGUCCCUGCCAAAAUGGUGGCACCUGCAUCGACUUGGUGGGGGACUACGAGUGUGUGUGCACGGACGAGUUUACAGGUGAGAACUGCGAGACACAGAGUGAUUGUUACCUGGACCCUUGCCCGAACAAUCAGACCUGUUUUCCGUUUAAAUCCGGGCGCCUGUGUUCUUACUGCCAGCCUAACAUCUGCGAGAACGGAGCGACGUGUGAGGAGGGCAACGAUCGCUGCGUGUGCCCCGAAGGCUUUAGUGGGCCUACAUGUGCCACCGAUAUCGACGACUGCUUGUCACAUCCGUGCAGAAAUGGAGGAACUUGCACAGAUCUCGUGGCCGGUUUCAACUGCUCUUGCCCCACUGGUUUCCAGGGCGACCUCUGCGAGGAAAACAUUGAUGAUUGUGCAAGUAACCCCUGUCAUUUUGGUGGGACUUGCAUCGACGGAGUCAACAGCUUCGAGUGUGCCUGUUCGACGGGGUACACUGGUCCUCUGUGUCUCGGAGAUAUUCAGGAGUGUGAGGUGCACAUGCCCUGUGCCAAUGGAGGUGUGUGCAUCGAAACCGAAAUGGUAGGAGAGAUUCGCUACGAAUGUUUCUGUGCGCUGGGUUGGACGGGAGAUGACUGUGAGAUAUCGGUGGACGAUUGCUUCCCGGAUCCCUGUCGAAACGGCGGCACUUGUAUCGACGGGCACAACGACUACACCUGUAGCUGUCCCCCUGGGUACACGGGAGACACCUGCUUCCUCGAAAUCGACGAGUGUGCCUCGUCUCCAUGUCUUAACGAAGGGACCUGCCACGACAUUGUAAACGGGUUCAUCUGUGUCUGCCUCGGUGGGUUUUCGGGGGACCGAUGCGAGAUCAACGAUGCUAACUGCGAUGCUAACCCGUGUAGCGCUGAAGGGAGUGUGUCUUGCAACGAUACCGAGUCUGGGUUCUUGUGCGUGUGUCGAGCAGGCUUCACGGGUAUGACUUGUCGCGACGAAAUCAAUGAGUGCCUGUCGCAGCCCUGUCAGAAUGACGGUACUUGCACCGAUUUACUCGACGACUUCUCUUGCAGCUGUUCUGCCGGGUACACUGGUCGGCUGUGUGAAACAGAAAUCGACGAAUGCUCUCCAAACCCUUGCUUUCACGGGGGGACAUGCAUGGACCUAGUAAACGGUUACCAAUGCAUGUGUCCCGAUGGGUAUAUUGGAGAUAAUUGCGAGGCUGAGCUGCUCGAGUGUGUGAGUUCACCUUGCAAAAAUGGCGGAACUUGCACAGAGAUUACGGGUGGUUACAUGUGUUUUUGCUCGUCAGGGUACACGGGCACGAACUGCGAGGUCUUUAUCAAUGAAUGUGACUCCGCCCCCUGUCGGAAUAACGGCACAUGUACUAGUUAUCCGGGUGGCUUCAACUGCAGUUGUACACCAGGUUGGACUGGGGUGUCGUGUGACGUCAACAUUGAUGAGUGUGGGUCGACGCCGUGUGAAAACGGAGGAAUUUGCCGCGAUCUGAUUGGAGGGUACGAGUGCGAAUGUCCCGUAGGUUUCACCAACAGUACGUGUGGUACUGAAAUUGAUGAAUGUGAUCCGAUGCCUUGCCAGAAUGGGGCAACUUGUAACGACCUUGUUGGGGGUUACGAAUGCGUUUGUAUUUCAGGCUUCACUGGAGAAAACUGCAGCAGUGAAGUAGACGAGUGUGCUUCAGCACCGUGCGUGAAUGGAGGCACAUGUAACGAUCUUCUUGACGCCUUCACCUGCGACUGUGCAAUGGGAUACACUGGUACCACAUGCGAAAUAGACAUCAACGAAUGUGAUCCAAUACCCUGCCAGAAUGGAGCAACUUGCUUCGACCUUGUCGCCUCGUUCAAAUGUGUCUGCCCUGCAGGCUUCACCAACACCACAUGUGACAUUGCGAUCAACGAGUGCGAAUCGACGCCUUGUGAAAACGGAGGAAUUUGCACCAAUGAAGUUGGCUCGUUCUCUUGCCAGUGCCCCCUGCUCUACACAGGGAGUCAUGUGCGAGACUUACAUAGAUGUCUGUGGAAUGGGCGUAUGCGGUAAUGGAGCCACGUGCAUGGCAUUGGAACAGGUGUUUGAAGGAGAGUUUGAGGACACGUACGAGUGUCAGUGUCCCGCUGGAUUCACAGGAGUCAAUUGCUCCGAGGAGAUUGACAAUUGCGGCUCGAACCCCUGUAAUAACGAGGGAACCUGCGUGAACCUGGUUGAUAGCUACAUGUGUGUUUGUCCCGAGGGGCUGGUCGGCCCAGAAUGUGACUCCAUAUCCCAGCUAUCGUUUCAAGAGGAGGAAUCGUUCAUAUCCUUCUCUACCACCCAAGAAGACAGUAUUGUAAUAGACUUCCACUUCUCCACAACCAUCUCGGAUGGACUUAUACUCCACGCAACCACUGUGGAUGGUGGCAUCAUUCUACUGGAGCUGGUGUCAGGAACACUCAAAUUUACCUACUCCCCGCAGCUAGAAGAUGGGGGGACCCCUGACAACGAGUACGUUGCCUCGGGCCUAGGAACUGGAUUGACGGAUGGUGAAAAUCACGCAGUAGCUAUAAACAUCCAGCCAACUGGAGCCAGUAUAACAGUUGACUCCCUUCAAUGUGGUUCACAGUGCUUUGGAGUAGUGACCCUAGAAAUGAAUGCAACUCUCAGAGAGCUUUUGAGUUUCGGCGGAAUGCCUUCGUCCACACUCUCAUUCGUUGAAUCGACGUCUUCAUUCGUUGGUUGUAUUGAAGCCAUCGUAGUCAACUCCAACCUUCUGCUCUUUGAGGACAUCCUCGAGAGAGACUCAGUAGACCUUGGCUGUGUUGGCUGUUUGUGCCAGAACGGAGGAACGUGCAACCAACAGAACGAAACCUACACUUGUGAAUGUCCCCUGGGGUUCUACGGAUCUCAGUGCGAGACCAGAAGCCCCUGCAUCCUCGACUCUCCGUGUCAAAACAACGCCACCUGCUCCGACAUCGACGACGUCCACUUUACGUGCACCUGCACACCAGGAUAUACUGGGCCGCUGUGUGAAACUUACCUAGACCCUUGUAACACCACCAUCUGCCUCAAUGGAGGUACUUGCAACAGGAUCAACCCGCUCACGGCACAGUGCUACUGCCCUGCUGGCUAUACUGGCAUUGAUUGCGGGACCAACAUAGAUGACUGUGCUUCAGAACCCUGCAUGAACGGUGCCGAAUGCAUGGAUCUGGUUGGCAGUUUCAUGUGCAAAUGUCCACCGUGCUUCUAUGGUAAUGUAUGCCAGUCGAUGCUUGACUUUGCAACGUGCUACAACUGCAGCUGCGAGAAUGGAGGAGCUUGUCAACCUGCCACAGUAAAUCAUACUGGGAGUGGUAGCGGAGAAAUGGGCAGUGGAGGAAACAAUCUCUACCCUCCUCUCUCGCCCGUGUCUGAGGUAGUCACGGAAUGCCUAUGUCUCCCCGGAUUCACCGGAGAGUUUUGUGAAACGGACGUCGAUGACUGCUUUCCUAACCCUUGUCAGAACAGCGGUAGUUGCCUCGACGGGACAAACAACUUCACGUGUGUCUGUCUCGAAGGUUACUCUGGGGAUGAGUGUCAGUUUGAAGCCGACGCUUGCUCCCCAAACCCCUGUCUUGGUCUCUCCACAUGCGUGAACGAAGUCACCAGCUACACGUGCCUCUGCCCAGAUGGUUACGAGGGAGACACCUGUUCAAUUGAGGUCGAUGAGUGCUCCCCCAACCCCUGCUCCCAGGAGUCAACCUGUGUGGAUAUGGUGGCUGACUACCUGUGCGUUUGCUCAGCAGGAUUCACCGGAAGAAACUGCAGCUCUGAGAUUGACGAGUGUUCCAGUGAUCCCUGCAAGAACGGAGCCUCUUGUAUUGAUCUUAUUGCCGACUAUCAGUGUCUAUGCACCAAUGGAUACACAGGGGGAAACUGCACAGACGAUAUCGAUGACUGUGACUCAAAUCCAUGUGAAAAUGGCGGCACAUGCAUGGACGGGGUCGCUUCAUUCACUUGUGCUUGUCCCGAUGGCUACUCUGGAGCUUUUUGCGAGUUUGAACUCGAUCCGUGUGAAUCUCGACAAUGUACGGAAGGUAACUGCUCCAGACUUUCUCCCACUGAGGCCGUGUGUAUAUGUGAUGCUGGUUUUACUGGCGAAUUUUGCGACACUGAAAUCGAUGAAUGUAGCUCGGUUCUCUGUGAGAGUGGUGGGGAGUGUGUGGACUUAUUGGCCAACUUUACCUGCCUCUGUCCCCUCUGCUACUACGGACGAUACUGUGAGUACCAACUCGACUUUGACACCUGCUUUGGCUGCGAAGUUUGUCUGAAUAAUGCCACGUGUCUACCUCGACUCCCUCCUGGCAGUGGUUCUGGGGAAGGAAACUCGGGGAUAGGAAGUGGCGAUCUCAUGGUUCCGUUUUUACCACCUCCUCCCGACUGUGGCUGUACGACUGGCUUUUCGGGGAGAUUCUGCGAAACAAACAUUGACGACUGCACCCCAAAUCCAUGUGAAAACAAUGGCAACUGCACUGAUGGACUAGGACGGUUUACUUGCUCUUGCCCACUGGGGUACACAGGCCAUACGUGCGAUAUCGACAUCAACGACUGUACUCCUAGCUCUUGCUCCAACAAUGGUACUUGCGUCGAUCUUGUCAAUGGGUUUGAUUGCAUCUGUCCAGCCGGUUAUACCGGAGACAUUUGCCAAGAGGAUAUCGACGAAUGUCAGACUACCGAGAACCCUUGCCUCAAUGGAGGAACUUGUGUGGACGGUAUUGCAAGUUUCACCUGUCUAUGCAGCGAGGGGUACACUGGAGCCAACUGCAGCGAAGACAUUGACUUCUGCUUCUUGGAUCCUUGUCAGAACGGAGCAACAUGCGCAGACCACCUGGCCAACUUCACUUGCAGCUGUCCUCCUGAGUUCACCGGGGAAACUUGCGACGAAGACAUCGACGAAUGCGAGAUGUUUGGUAGUGCUAUCUGCCUGCAGGGAGAAUGCCGCAAUCUCAUUGGUGGUUUUGAAUGCAUCUGUGAUCCAGGAUUUACUGGUUCAGAGUGCGACGAAGACAUUGACGUAUGCUCCUUGGUGUCUUGCUUCAAUAAUGGCACCUGCUUGGAAGGAUAUGCUCUGAACUACACGUGUAUGUGCACUGAAGGCUAUACUGGAUCUCAGUGUGAGCAAGACAUCGACGACUGUGCAUCGAACCCCUGUGCAAAUGGAUCCACGUGCCUUGAUGAAAUAGCAGACUAUACUUGCCUAUGUUUGCCUGGAUACACUGGAGGAAACUGCAGUACUAACAUCGACGACUGUGCAUCGAACCCCUGUGCAAAUGGAUCCACGUGCCUUGAUGAAAUAGCCGACUAUACUUGCCUAUGUUUGCCUGGAUACACUGGAGGAAACUGCAGUACUAACAUCGACGACUGUGCAUCGAACCCCUGUUCAAAUGGAUCCACGUGCCUUGAUGAAAUAGCCGACUAUACUUGCCUAUGUUUGCCUGGAUACACUGGAGGAAACUGCAGUACUAACAUCGACGACUGUGCAUCGAACCCCUGUUCAAAUGGAUCCACGUGCCUUGAUGAAAUAGCCGACUAUACUUGCCUAUGUUUGCCUGGAUACACUGGAGGAAACUGCAGUACUAACAUCGACGACUGUGCAUCGAACCCCUGUGCAAAUGGAUCCACGUGCCUUGAUGAAAUAGCAGACUAUACUUGCCUAUGUUUGCCUGGAUACACUGGAGGAAACUGCAGUACUAACAUCGACGACUGUGCAUCGAACCCCUGUGCAAAUGGAUCCACGUGCCUUGAUGAAAUAGCAGACUAUACUUGCCUAUGUUUGCCUGGAUACACUGGAGGAAACUGCAGUACUAACAUCGACGAUUGUGCAUCGAACCCCUGUGCAAAUGGAUCCACGUGCCUUGAUGAAAUAGCAGACUAUACUUGCCUAUGUUUGCCUGGAUACACUGGAGGAAACUGCAGUACUAACAUCGACGACUGUGCAUCGAACCCCUGUGCAAAUGGAUCCACGUGCCUUGAUGAAAUAGCAGACUAUACUUGCCUAUGUUUGCCUGGAUACACUGGAGGAAACUGCAGUACUAACAUCGACGACUGUGCAUCGAACCCCUGUUCAAAUGGAUCCACGUGCCUUGAUGAAAUAGCGGACUAUACUUGCCUAUGUUUGCCUGGAUACACUGGAGGAAACUGCAGUACUAACAUCGACGACUGUGCAUCGAACCCCUGUGCAAAUGGAUCCACGUGCCUUGAUGAAAUAGCCGACUAUACUUGCCUAUGUUUGCCUGGAUACACUGGAGGAAACUGCAGUACUAACAUCGACGACUGUGCAUCGAACCCCUGUGCAAAUGGAUCCACGUGCCUUGAUGAAAUAGCGGACUAUACUUGCCUAUGUUUGCCUGGAUACACUGGAGGAAACUGCAGUACUAACAUCGACGACUGUGCAUCGAACCCCUGUGCAAAUGGAUCCACGUGCCUUGAUGAAAUAGCCGACUAUACUUGCCUAUGUUUGCCUGGAUACACUGGAGGAAACUGCAGUACUAACAUCGACGACUGUGCAUCGAACCCCUGUGCAAAUGGAUCCACGUGCCUUGAUGAAAUAGCGGACUAUACUUGCCUAUGUUUGCCUGGAUACACUGGAGGAAACUGCAGUACUAACAUCGACGAUUGUGCCCCGAAUCCCUGUCUACUGAACGGAACAUGUAUCGAUGAAGUUGCUGGUUAUAGAUGUGAGUGCCUCCCUGGAACUAGUGGGCAGAACUGCAGCGAAGACGUGGAUGAAUGCAUGGAUAUCGUGUGUCAAAACGGAGGCACUUGCGUUGAGAGUGGGAAUACGAACACAACAGAAGAGUUGCCUCCAUUGAACGAGUUCAACUGUCUCUGUCUUCCAGGGUUCAGUGGGGAGACGUGUGACGAGAACAUCCACUGUUCUUCUGACCCUUGUCUCAAUGGAGGAGAGUGCUCCACUCUACCUGGGGGGUUCAUGUGCCACUGUCCCUCCAACUGGACCGGACCACUCUGUGAGGAUGACAUCGACGAAUGUCUCACUACCCCGUGUGACAACCACGGGAACUGUACCAAUCUUCCCGGAGACUACAACUGUAUUUGUGUGGUUGGUUUCACUGGUAAGAACUGCAGUGCCUCUACCAGAUCGUGUGAUCCAAAUCCCUGUGAAAAUGGAGCAACUUGUGACAACACUCGGCCGGGAGAGAUAGUCACCUGCCACUGUGCCGAGGGCUACACUGGAGAUUUCUGUGGUACCAAUAUCAACGACUGCUCUCCCGAUCGCUGUGCCAAUGGAGGGCAGUGUACUGAUGGUGUAGCCGAGUUCUUCUGUGAAUGUGCUCCUGAUUUCACCGGAGGGACGUGUCAAGAGACAAUUGAUGACUGCGGCUCGGCACCUUGUGUGAACGGGGUGUGUGCAGACCAAGUGGCUGAUUUCAGUUGUUCGUGUAACGAUGGAUUCACGGGAAAAACUUGUGACGUCGACAUCGACGAUUGCUCACCCAAUCCUUGCAUCCAUGGCAACUGUACCGAUGCAAUAGCAUCGUUCACCUGUGCAUGUGAUCUGGGAUACACGGGUGAACUUUGUACCAUCGACAUCGACGAUUGCUCACCCAAUCCUUGCGUCCAUGGCAACUGUACCGAUGAUGCAAUAGCAUCGUUCACCUGUGCAUGUGAUCUGGGAUACACGGGUGAACUUUGUACCAUCGACAUCGACGACUGUCAACCUAAUCCUUGCGAAAACGGCGGAAAUUGCACUGACGAAGUCGGUUCGAGACCUUAUACCUGUGAAUGCACCUCUCACUUUACCGGGAGAAAUUGCACAGACGAACUCGUCUCAGAAGGCGGAACAGGUUCGACCGGUACGAUUGCAGUCGUUACCGUGGUGAUUAUCAUCAUCGUCAUGGUGAUAGGGUCGGGUUCGGCUCUGGGUGUGCAUCUCCUGCGGCGCCGCUAUCGGAAGAGGCAUCAGUCGUACAGACCCAGCAUGGUGGAGGAGAAAGCGACUGAGAACCUCGUGGACGAAGAAGAGGGCAAAGAAAGACUGAUUUGAUUACGCAGAACUAAUUGCUUCACACUAUUUCCUCACAUUUUUUACGAGUAAUUUUUCCUUAACUAAAUGCACUCUGAUGUGUCAUUUUUUGAAACCGCACAGCUAACCACCCAGAUCACAUUGUUUCCCCUGGUUAUGUGAAAAGGAUUUUGCGGGUUGGGCAAAAUAAUUUUUACGCGCUUGAAGGUAGGGGCGUGUCCGUAUAUACCCACGUGUGCAUGCAAAACAGAAAGAAGAAAGAUCGACGAUGCGUGGCCCGGCGAGAAGCGUGCCUGGGAAGGAGAAGAGGGAGGCGAGCCGGAAGCUAAGGAGGAGGCGCGAGAGAGAAGCCAAGAAGGCCAGGCGGACAGCUGCGCAGAAGAAAGGCGAAAGCGGCACUAAACGGGAAGCCGUGUCGAGCUCGAAUCGGUCGUUAGGGACGUUUCGUGGACGAGCUUCCAUCCUUCUACGCCGGGACGUUAGCGGGAGUACAGAAGGCAAGCCAGAGGCGAAGGGAGGGAGGAAAGGAAGGGAGGGAGUGAGGAAGGAGGAGGAAGAGGGGAAGGAGAGAAGGAGGAGUGGCCAGGGAGCGAGUGGGGAGAAGGGGGAGGGAGGGAGAUAUCGACGACCUCCGCGGCUGACGGCUGAGGAGAGAGAGAUGAGUCGCCUGGAGAAGAAACUGGGGAUGAAGAAGAGGAAGAGGUUGCCAAUGUCUUUCAGAGAAGAUGGAUUGGACUACCUGUUAAACCUGACUGAAGGGCUGGACAAUGAAGGUGACGGCAUUCCUGAAUCCCUGGGGGACAGGAAUGACUCAGGAUCAAGCAGUGGAGACGAGCCUUUGGAAACGGAAACCAGGUCCCACAGAGCUAAAGAACGGAGAAUGGAGCGUUCUCUCAAAAUGGAAUCAGCCACUGACGAACGAGAUCGUGGAAUGAGUCGACUCCUGUAAUUUCGUCCACUAAGAGAGCGAGAUUGGAUCAGGAGGUGGGGGAGGAAGAGAGCGACGGGGAAAGUGGGAGUUUUAGUGAGGAGGGUGCUGGAGAGGGAGAUGAGGAGGAGAAAGAGGGAGAGGAGGGGGAGGGAGAAGGUGACGGGUACAUUGACGACAGUGAAGAGUCAGGGGAAGACAGUGAGCUUAGUUCUGCUGGUGGAGAAGGAGACGAAGAGGAGGAGGAGGAGGGGGAGGAACGGGAGGGACAGGAAGAGCGAGAAAGCAAGGCUCAUUACGUACCUCCUCACAUGAGGGGAAACCCCAGGAGCUCUCGAGCUAUUGAGAAACUGCAGCGAAAUUUACAAGGUCUUGUCAACAGGUUGAGCGAGGGCAACGUGCAGUCAAUAGCAACGCAGCUGGAACGGAUGUACGCAGAGAACAGCAGAAAUGACAUGAACUCGUGUCUGACUGAGGUUAUGGUCAAGGCCUGCGUGGGACCGGCGCUCUUCUCUGAGAGAUUUGUCAUGAUCCACGUUCUGCUGGUCGCCAUUCUGCACAACAACGUCGGCAGCGAAGUCGGUGCCUACCUAGUUCAAAAGUUGGCUCAGAAGUUGGAAUCUCUCUUAUCUCAACCCCCAAACUACGGCCAGGGGAAGGAGUGCGACUGUAUUGUUCUCCUCAUGGCCAAUCUCUAUACUCUCAAGAUUGUGCACUGCGUCAUAAUCUAUGACAUCAUCCGAAAACUGUUGGAGACAUUUGCAGAGAGGGACGUUGAACUUCUGCUACUACUGCUGAAGAACACAGGGAUGGAGAUACGAAGAGACGAUGCCACUUCACUGAAGGACAUAAUUCUUCAGAUACAGUCCAAAGCAGCUGCCUCGACGGUGAAAGAAUCGUCCAGAACCCGUUUCAUGCUGGAGACCAUCACUGCACUGAAGACCAACAACUCGAGGAAGAUCCCGAACUACGACCCGUCACUUUUGGAGCACAUGAGGCGACUCAUGAGAGGCCUUCUUCACUCCAAAGGACCAGCUGAUGAGAACCAACUGAAGAUUUCUCUGAGUGACUUGUUGAAUGCCGACCAGCAAGGAAGAUGGUGGGUGGUGGGGUCUGCCUGGACAGGAAGAGAGUCAACAACUCCAGCUGCCAGCUCUUCUGCAUGCCAGAGUGUCACAGCGGAGUCCUGGGUCAUGGAAUUGGCUCGGAAUCAGAGAAUGAACACUGAAGUCAGACGAAACAUAUUCUGUGUCCUUAUGACCAGCGAGGAUUGUGUGGAUGCAUUUGAGAAGCUGCUGAGACUGGGACUGAAGGACAGGCAAGAGAGAGAGAUCGUCCAUGUCCUAGUCGACUGUUGCCUGCAGGAAAGACAGUUCAAUCCAUACUAUGCAUUUCUCGGUCAGAAAUUCUGUGAAUGCAGUCGAACACAUCAGGUUACAUUCCAGUAUUGUCUGUGGGAUCGUUUGAAAACCCUGUCGGAUAUGACGUCGUUUGCUCGUGGCAAUCUUCACCAGCUGCUAACUCACCUUGUGAUGUCGCAGGCUCUUUCCCUCUCCGUUUUGAGGGUUGUGGAGUUCACAGAGCUCAGCGAGGCAGAGGAGCUGAAGUUUUACAGGAAGUUGCUCCACACAUUGCUGGCCUGUUGCAGCCAAGACACUUGCAAAGCUAUUUUCUCACGGAUUUCGGUUCAGCCACACCUAAAGCCAUUCAGAGACAGUCUUCUGCUCUUCAUGAAGCACCACCUCUCCUCCUCCCCCUCCUCCCCCUCUUCUCUUCCUCGAACUAGUCAGAUUCUGCAGGAUAGACUCGAACUAGUUGAGCUUAUAAUGAGGACCCAACAACCAAUUAUAUGAGUAUGACAAACAUAUCAUAAAGCGUAUUGUGUUGUUUUUCUAGUGGUUGAACUGUUCCUCUGGUGUCACACCUUUCCGACACGUCCCGACUAUCCACUCGUGUUCAUCAAUAUCUGAAAAAUACCACAUAGUCACUUUAAUGACAGAACUUUAUGUCUACCUAUACAUUGACCAAAAUGUCAUUACUACGCCAAUUUUUUUUUUUCUGAGAGCAUAUUUUUCGGCUUUCACAGGAAAGCAUAUUGUGGGUGUGGGUAUCUUUGUCUGUGAAAAGAAAAUUUUUCCGCAAAAACUACCAAUCCACAGUACAUUGCAAAUUGAGGUACAUAAUAAUUAAACACUUUGCCUUUAAUGUCCCACUGAGUUGACGAUGCAAUGAAGCACGGCAAUAUAAUAGAAAGGAAGGCAUCAUAAUAACUGGUGG